UGAAGACUGAACUAAAAAACCCAGCAGGUCUUUACGGCUAUAUUUUGUUGUGGGUAAACUGCAUUUAGAUGCAUCAAAGACUUAAACAAAAUCACAUACGGGUAGAAAAGUGGUAACUUGCGUUAACGACACUGAAAAUCAGUGCAUGGGUCGUCCGGUUGAUUAUAAUAAGCAUUUCCAGACUCUAUCCGGAGCGAAUACCAUAUAGCUACAGCGCAUACCAACUGAAGCUGAUGUUCUCAAGGACAAGAGUAACGUGAUGUAUGAAGGCAAACACAUACACUUCUCGGAGGUGGACAACAAGCCGUUGUGCUCGUACAGCCCCAAGCUGUGCAAGCAGCGCAGACUCAACGGCUAUGCCUUCUGUAUCCGCCACGUCCUGGAGGACAAGACAGCCCCCUUCAAGCAAUGUGAAUAUGUGGCCAAGUACAACAGCCAGAGAUGCACCAACCCCAUCCCCAAGUCUGAGGACCGCAGAUACUGUAACAGCCACCUGCAGGUGCUGGGCUUCAUCCCCAAGAAGGAGCGUAAGAAGAAGCACGAUGCGCUGGAGGACAUGCGUCCGCGGGCUCACCUGGAGUCCGUGGCCCUCAACAUCACGGUGCCCUCUCUGGCCCUGAGGACGCCCAACGGGCUGGACGAGCCGCCGCCCUCUCCCCUACGCCCGCGCCUGCUCGCCUUCUCUGAGGCGGAGCUGCUGGACCCCUUCGCCUUCCACGAGGAGGAGACGGACGGGGAGGAGGGCGCGCCCCGAAAGGUGGCCGCCGUCGUCAGGAAGAAGCCGCCGAGCCGGCCGGGGCUCGGCCACAGGCUGCGGCUGCCGGGCCCCAACCCCCUCAAGCCCAAAGCAGAGCACUUUAGCCCCUCCCCCCUCCCCAGCCAGCGCCCCGCCUCUCCCAAGCACAGCGUCCUCCCCCCUCAGCCGCCGGGCCUCCUCCCACAGAUGCAGCACUCCUACCUGCCCUCCUCCGGCCUCCCUGGACUACAGCAGGGUUCGUUAUGCAAGCCAGCACCACCUCAUACCUCUGGCCCCCCGCCUCCUGGGCUGCCCCUCAGUGCCACUCACAGCCCAGCCCCGCCCAGCGGCCCCUCCCUCAGCAAGAAGCCCCCGCCCAUCGCACCGGCCCCGCCCCAAGUCCCGCCUUCUAGCAGCCGGGAUGGUUCACAGCGACACACAGUGACCAUGCGCUCGGCCUCCUUCUCCCCGUCUCCGGCCUGCCUGGUGCGACUGCGGCGGCUGGUCCAGCUCUGCUCUCAGCGGCAGCAGCAGCACGGAGACCUCUUCCCUCAUCUAGGGUUGGACUGGUCUGAAGACAGCGCUGAAGAUGAAGAUGAGAUGGAGAGAGUCCCACCACACCAAUACACCUGGAGACUACAGGAGAGAUUCUCCCAGGACAGCUCGGACGAGGAGUCGGACGGCUGCCGCAGCUCGAGGCUGGCCCGGCUCUGCACUUACCUGCGGCACAAAUACAAGCACCUGUGCAGGCAGGAGAGGGCGGCCAUGCGCCAGAGGCGGUACUGCUGCGCCUUCCGGAAGGCUCUGCUGCACGCCGCCACCAAGGACCCGGACUGCGCCGGCCAGCUGCUCCAGGAGCUGUGCAGAGCCUCUCAGACGCCCGCCAGGGCUCGGUCGGAGGUGCCGAAGGACGCGGGGCCGGGACUCUGUACGGGCAGCACUAAGGGCCAGCCCUGCAGCAACCGAGCGCUGCCUUACACGCGACAGUGCUUCCAGCACAUCCUGCUGAACCGCUCCCAGCAGCUCUUCUCCAGCUGCACAGCCAGGUUCGCCGACGGCCAGCAGUGCUCCAUCCCCGUGUUCGACAUCACGCACCAGACCCCCCUCUGCGAGGAGCACGCCAAAAAAAUGGAUAAUUUCCUGCGAGGAGACAGUAACCGCAGGGUGCAGCACCAGCAGCACCAGCAGCACCAGCAGCAGCAGCAGCAGCAACAGCAGCAGCAGCGUAAGCCGCGGAAAAAGACCAAGCCUCCCGCGCUCACCAAGAAACACAAGAAGAAGCGGAGGAGAGGGCCGCGGCGACCGCAGAAGCCCAUCCCCCCUGCCGUGCCCCAGGGGAACCUGGGAAUGCCCUCCAGCCUGUCACUGCCCGCUCAGGCCACCAGCAUCAGGAGUCCUUCAACCCCCGACCUGAGUACAGACGAGCUUCCUGACGACAUCACCAAUGACAUCACUGACAUUCCAAACGACCUGGAGCUGAACCAGGAGGAUUUCUCGGAUGUGUUGCCUCGGCUACCAGAUGACCUACAGGACUUUGACUUGUUUGAAGGUAAGAACGGGGAGUUGCUGCCCACCACAGAGGAGGCGGAGGAGCUGGUUCGCGCGCUACAGGCCAUGGGCUCGUACCCGGAUUCUCUGGUGUGCCUGGGCUCCAUGGCCCCCUUCUCCGGGCAGGGGGGUCAGGGCGGGGCCAUGGGGGACCUGCUGAACGGCCGAAUCCUGCCGGAGAAUUUCUCCAGCCUGGAGCUGGAUGACAACCUGCUCCACUCGGCCGAGGGGCACUACAACCCCGCCCCCUCAUCCCAGCCCCCGCCCCCCACGGCCACGCCAACCGCCGCUGCCCUGGGCCCGCUGGUGGAGCGGGCAUUUGCACGGACGCACCCCUCGCACCUGCUGGCCAAGCCGGAAGCGUCCCGCUCGUCGCCCCACGGCAGCCAGUACAGCAGUGAGCACGUGCCGUCGCCUUACAGCGACCACGUCUCCUCGCCCCACCCGGCCUCCUUCCACACGGACUCCGCCCUCCUGCUGGAGGUGCCCCUCGGCGGGGUCCCGGCCCCGCCCCGCUCCCCCUGGAACAACCUCUCCCUCCCCCUGACGGACCCCGCGCAGUUCGGCAACCUCAUCGGGCCGGAGGGCCACCUCCUGUCCACCUCCCUGUCCACGCCGCCCUCCACCACGCACUCCCUGACCCUGCAGCCCACGGCGGCCCUCUCCGCGCUCCCCCAGACCGGCACCUCCUCCCCGUCCUCCUCCCCGCACGACCUGCUGACCUCCAUCCUGCCCAAGCAGCAGCUCCCCCAGUUCAGCGCGGCCUUCGGCCACCAGCUGGCCUCGCACAGCGGCAUCCCCAAGGACGUGCAGCCCACCCACAGCUCCACAGCGCCCCCUACUGGCUUCUCCAUCGCCAGCGCCACCGCUGCCAGUGCCAACAGUGUGGCUCCCCCCUUCACCACGCAGUAGCUGGGGAGAGCAUCAGGCAGAGGGUGUCAGGUGAGAGGAAACAGGCUGGACUCACUCAAACACAGCCACCAAGAUUUACAUUACCCAAAGGGCAAAAGCCACAUAUACUGCUGUUGCAGCCGCUUCUGUCUGCAGCCUCUGUGUUCAGGCUCUGAAAUGAAGUGAUGUGAUUGGCUGACAGUAAGGGUGUGGCUGAAGACCAAG